AUGGCCCCACUUCCGGGCCCUGCCAGACCAGACGCCAUUCACCAGCUACCCGGCCCGGAGGUUGCCCUCCGACGGCCGCCACUCUCAUCCACCCUGGGAUCGCCUCGAGGCCCGCGCCACCGCCAGCGCCGCCGCUGCCCACUCCGCAGCCCAAGAUCACGCGGCGCCUUCGCGUUCUUAGUGUUCCCAGCACCCACGCUGCCCGCCAUGGCUGCCGGCACAAUCUCUCAGGUGCGCCAGAACUACCACCCCGACUGUGAGGCCGCGGUCAACAGCCACAUCAACCUAGAGCUCCACGCCUCCUACGUGUACCUCUCCAUGGCCUUCUACUUUGACCGCGACGACGUGGCCCUGAAGCACUUCUUCCGCUACUUCCUGCGCCACUCUCAGGAGAAGAGGGAGCACGCCAAGAAGCUGAUGGGCCUGCAGAACCAGCGCGGGGGCCGCGUCUGCCUUCGCGACGUCAGGAAGCCCGACCACGACGACUGGGAUGGCGGGCUGCAGGCCAUGGAGCACGCCUUCCACCUGGAGAAGAGCGUCAAUCAGAGCCUCCUGGAGCUGCACCAGCUGGCCAUCGACAAGGGUGACCCACAGCUCUGCGACUUCCUGGAGAGCCACUACCUUCACGAUCAGGUCGAGACCAUCAAGGAGCUGGGUGGCUACCUCACCAACCUGCGCAAGAUGGGGGCCCCAGACGCCGGCCUGGCGGAGUGCCUCUUUGACAAGCUCACCCUGGGCGGCCGUGACAAGGAGAACUGAUCUGGGACUGUCCCCACAGCCAUGGGUGCCUUCCCCGGGUCAGGCCACCAGCCUGGCGUGCAUAUUGCUCUUUCAAAACGUUCACUUAAGUUUUUUCCUUUGAGUGUUACUAUUGUUUCCAUUAAAGUUAUCUGGUUCUUGAA